AGAAUAUCGCUAAGUGAUUCAAUGAAAGAUUAGUCUUAAAAGCUACGAGACGCCUGCUUAAGGCCCAAUACAGACGAAGCAACACGACAUCAACACGAUACCCAAGCGACAACGUGGCUACAAGUUGCUCGUCAACAUUUUUAUUUAGUCGCCAGCAAACUGUUGCCUCGCGAUAUUGUUUUUUUUUUUUGGAAAUGGCCGCCGAACGAGAAAAUAAUUUAAAAAUUGUCAUUGAAGUUGAAAAAUUUCCAUGUUUGUAUAACUUCAAACGGUCGGAUUAUUCAAGGAAGGACAUAACCGAAAAAGCGUGGCAUGAAAUAUCAAAAGAAACCAAGUUUUCUGAUCAAGAAUGCAAAGAGAGGUGGAAAAACAUUCGAUUAGCAUUUGUACGCAGCUUGAAGCCAGCCCCGAGUGGUUUCUCGGCAAAGUCAAAGAAACCAUACUACCUUCAUGAUUAUUUGCUAUUUAUUCUGCCCUAUAUCAAACCAAUAAAUACAACUGAAUCACCAGGAAAUAUUGAAGGCCCACCAAAUCCUUCAGAAAGUCAAGUCGCUUUGCAAGUGGAUGAGACUGCCGCAAAUAACCAUGAAGAUGAAGAAUCACCUGCACCAUUAGAAGUGAUAUUUAAUAAUAACUCCGAGAGAGAAGAUUCUGUCCCUAUUACUUCAAAGUCGACGAAGAACCCACAGUACAACACAACAGGGAAAAAGAACAUGUACAAUAAUUUGGACAAAUCAUUUUUGGAGUAUUUGCAGAAUAAGAAAAAAAAACUUGCCCCUACUGAUGAUAAUGAAACUGCUAGAAAAUAUUUUUUGCUUAGUUUAUUACCCGACAUUAAAACACUUACCGAUGAUCAAAUGCGACACUUUAAGCUAGAAGUUCUGCACUUGAUUGACAACAUAAAAAAAAGCUCAGGACCAUCUACAAUAACAACCCCACUUUCUUCCACUGGCUCAAAUAAUUACCCAUACUCUUCAUCAAGAAGUGUUUCUUAAUCAUCACGACAUUCGUUUGGUACAAAUGAAAUAUCUUCAGCUAAUAAUGGACUAUAUGGAAGUUUCACUUCGGAGGCCCAGAUAGGAAUCACUUCACCACCAAAUAAAUAUGAACGGGAAGAACAAUCUCAUACUAAUCAAACCUUUUGGGAAAACCUUUAAAAUCCCAAUAACUUUAUAAUAUUUACUAUAAAUAUUUAAAAUGUCAAAAAAAUUAAACUUUAUAAAGUAAAGAAA